AUGGAGAACCAUGACAAGGGAGGAGGUGAAGGAGGAGGAGAAGGAGACAAGAAACAUCUCCCAGAGGAGGUGAGUGAGAGCGACAAGCGGACCAAGGACCAGCGCAACAAGGCAGAGAAGGGAGAGAAGGAGACGGAGAACGACGGCAGUGAAAAGGAGAGUGUUGAGGGGAAGAGGGAAAGCUGUCGUCACUCAGGCUCCCUGUGGAGGGGGGGCUGGGCUCUGACGGAGCGGCUAGCCAUCAACGUGUCGGGGAUGCGCUACGAGACACAGCUCCGCACUCUGGCCCAGUUCCCUGACUCCCUCCUGGGGGAUCCCCACCGCAGAAUUCGCUACUUUGACCCACUGCGCAAUGAGCUGUUCCUGGACCGGAACCGGAACUGCUUCGAUGCCAUCCUCUACUUCUACCAGUCUGGCGGGCGGCUGCGGCGGCCUGCCAACGUGCCCCUGGAUGUUUUCUUGGAUGAGCUGCGCUUCUAUGAGCUUAGUGAGGAGAUCAUGGAACGCUUCAAGGAGGACGAGGGCUUCCCCAAGGAGGAGGUGCCUGCGCUGCCUGAGAACGAGAUGCAGAGGAAGGUUUGGAUGCUUUUUGAGCACCCAGAAUCCUCCUCGGGCGCACGCAUCAUCGCCAUCAUCAGCGUCAUGGUCAUUGUGGUGUCCAUCGCCAUCUUCUGCCUGGAGACGCUGCCUGACUUCAGGAACGAGAAGGAGCUCAGAGAGGUGAGAGGGGGCCGUUGUGGGGCCAGGGCCCUGAGGGCCACACAGAAAUAACAUACAGGAGAGAGAGAGGAUGAGAGAGAAACAGAGAAGACAAGAGAAUGGUAGAAAAGGAAACGAACAAAGGGACCAGGAGAAAGGUGAAGCUGAGGGAUAAAGCACAGAUAGAGGAAGGAGAGGAAUGAAGAGAGGAUGAAAGAGGAAGGAAUGCAUCUUGACAGGGUGCUAAGAGAACAGAGGUUAGCACAUUGGGAGACUGAUGAUGGGGUGAUUGUCAACAGUUAGUGAAGGAUGACAAUUUGUGAAGGAUGACAGUUAGUGAAGGAUGACAAUUAGUGAAGGAUGACAGUAAAGGAUGACAGUUAGUGAAGGAUGACAGUUGGUGAAAGUCAAUGACAGAUGUCACCCUGUGGAACAUAAACGCUACAUGUGUGACCACACAGGCCCCUUACAGGAUUAAACACAACAUGCGACACCCACACACACACACACACACACACACACACACACACACACACACACACACACACACACACACACACACACACACACGGGACAGAGACACGGGUUAGAGACACAUGGAAAGGAGAUGUGGAAGAGAUAGUGGGAGAAGGAGAGAGGCGGCGGGUUAUUGCUGAGAUUAUUUUAGUCAUGUCGUUAAAUCUGACACACUUAGAUUGAGGGAAAAGAAUGGGAAGAGUGGGGGGUGAGGAGAGGGGGAAUGAAAGUACGGUGGGAAAACAAGAGAAAUAGGUUGGAGGAGAGAGAGAAUCAGAGUUAGGGAAUUAGUGAAAGAGGGAGAUUGCAGGUAAGAGCGAGAGAGAAAAAGGGAUGGAACAGAGAGAGAUGAGGGGCAGGAAGGGAGGGGUAAAGAUGGACUGCACAAAGAACAUUAUGCUUUACUGAUGGUAUCUCCAGAUCACUGUCCAUCUGUGUCUCACAUUGACCGGUGCUCCAGGAUCACUGCCAAGACAACUCUGUACGGGAAUUGAUGGAGUGGAUAAGAACAUAUAAACUGAGAGAGAGAGUGAGGGAGAGAAAGAGAGAGAGAGAGAAUAAGUGAAGGUGGAGUGCAAAGGAGGAGAGAGGAGAGGAGCGUGUCUCACGUUACUCCUUAGAGAUCUAAAGGAGCUAUAUAUAGCGUAAGGACAACCCUAAGAGCACAUCAACACGUAAACGCUGGUUCCUAUUAAUAAACACAUUGACUCAUACCCACUGAAAGAGGCAUGGAAAGAGUAGUACAGAACACCUAUUUGAUGACUAGCACAAAAUGAAAUGAACCCCACACGCCUCGUGGCUUACCGACAAGGUUGGCUUAGCUGCCUUUGGAUUUUGAGGGAUCAUGCAAUAGCACAGAACACAAGGUACACGGUGGGUCUUACCGAAGCACAUAUGCACACACCCGACCUCUCACACACACUCAGUCACACACACUCACACACACUCACAUGAUCAGAACAUCUGACAUAAGACACCCAGUGCUGUGUAGAGCCUGAAAAUGGCAACAUAGGUGAAGCAACUGAAAAUAAAUAAUUGUCUUUUACAAGACGAUCACCUCCCGCUGCAAAGGUAGCUCUAGCUCAGUGCAUACAGUAUUGAAAGACAUGCAUGUAUGGUUCUGUGACCAUUUGGAAUGAGCGUCUAGUUGUUAUACCUUCCUUAUUGGGUGACAAAGAGUGAGAAUGUCUGUUGGGGCAGUGUGAUCAUGGCUUUUGAACCUUAUAAAGGUGAGGAGAAACUGAACUAAAGUGGGUGACAGAUGUGAGGGCAAAUGUCACUCUGUCAUUUCAGUUGAUAAAAGCAUUCCAGGCCUCUACAUAAAGACUAACAUAUGCAGUAUACAGUGGGGAAAAUAAGUAUUUAGUCAGCCACCAAUUGUGCAAGUUCUCCCACUUAAAAAGAUGAGAGAGGCCUGUAAUUUUCAUCAUAGGUACACGUCAACUAUGACAGACAAAAUGAGAAGAGAAAAAUCCAGAAAAUCACAUUGUAGGAUUUUUAAUGAAUUUAUUUGCAAAUUAUGGUGGAAAAUAAGUAUUUGGUCAACAACAAAAGUUUCUCAAUACUUAGUUACAUACACUUUGUUGGCAAUGACACAGGUCAAACGUUUUCUGUAAGUCUUUACAAGGUUAUCACACACUGUUGCUGGUAUUUUGGCCCAUUCCUCCAUGCAGAUCUCCUCUAGAACAGUGAUGUUUUGGGGCUGUCGCUGGGCAACACAGACUUUCAACUCCCUCCAAAUAUUUUCUAUGGGGUUGAGAUCUGGAGACUGGCUAGGCCACUCCAGGACCUUGAAAUGCUUCUUACGAAGCCACUCCUUCGUUGCCCGGGCGGUGUGUUUGGGAUCAUUGUCAUGCUGAAAGACCCAGCCACGUUUCAUCUUCAAUGCCCUUGCUGAUGGAAGGAGGUUUUCACUCAAAAUCUCACAAUACAUGGCCCCAUUCAUUCUUUCCUUUACACGGAUCAGUCGUCCUGGUCCCUUUGCAGAAAAACAGCCCCAAAGCAUGAUGUUUCCACCCCCAUGCUUCACAGUAGGUAUGGUGUUCUUUGGAUGCAACUCAGCAUUAUUUGUCCUCCAAACACGACGAGUUGAGUUUUUACCAAAAGUUAUAUUUUGGUUUCAUCUGACCAUAUGACAUUCUCCCAAUCCUCUUCUGGAUCAUCCAAAUGCACUCUAGCAAACUUCAGACGGGCCUGGACAUGUACUGGCUUAAGCAGGGGGACACGUCUGUCACUGCAGGAUUUGAGUCCCUGGCGGCGUAGUGUGUUACUGAAGGUAGGCUUUGUUACUUUGGUCCCAGCUCUCUGCGGGUCAUUCACUAGGUCCCCCCGUGUGGUUCUGGGAUUUUUGCUCACCGUUCUUGUGAUCAUUUUGACCCCACGGGGUGAGAUCGAGGGAGAUUAUCAGUGGUCUUGUAUGUCUUCCAUUUCCUAAUAAUUGCUCCCACAGUUGAUUUCUUCAAACCAAGCUGCUUACCUAUUGCAGAUUCAGUCUUCCCAGUCUGGUGCAGGUCUACAAUUUUGUUUCUGGUGUCCUUUGACAGCUCUUUGGUCUUGGCCAUAGUGGAGUUUGGAGUGUGACUGUUUGAGGUUGUGGACAGGUGUCUUUUAUACUGAUAACAAGUUCAAACAGGUGCCAUUAAUACAGGUAACGAGUGGAGGACAGAGGAACCUCUUAAAGAAGAAGUUACAGGUCUGUGAGAGCCAGAAAUCUUGCUUGUUUGUAGGUGACCAAAUACUUAUUUUCCAUCAUAAUUUGCAAAUAAAUUCAUUAAAAAUCCUACAAUGUGAUUUUCUGAAUUUUUUUUCCUCAUUUUGUUUGUCAUAGUUGACGUGUACCUAUGAUGAAAAUUACAGGCCUCUCUCAUCUUUUUAAGUGGGAGAACUUGCACAAUUGGUGGCUGACUGAAUACUUCUUUUCCCCACUGUAUGCACAAACAAACAACUGCUAUAUAUGUACCUCACACAGGCACUCUCACGCACGCACACGGACACGCUCUAACACACAAAAAGGGUAUCAUAGAUUAUUGCUUCACUAUAGUUAUAUCAUAGGCAAUAAAAAGUCAGAGCCAUUUGAUUCCAAUCCGUCUCACGGCUGGACAUGCCAUAAAACCUAAAGUUGACUGCCUUACUUUGAACCCCAAGAGUGCUUCUUAGAAAACAUUGUCAGGAUGAAAUGAAGUGUCAGAUUCCUCGGUCAGUCCAGACGCUGUGCUGUAACAUUAGCCUUUGUCACAUGCAGUCAUGCACUAUAAUGUUUUUCUUCUAUUUAAACAUAGAGAAACACAUUUGUAUCAAAGUCUGCAGAAAGAGAGAGAGAGAGUGCGAUUGCACAAGUGAAGUUAUGUUAACACAGUAUUACAGUUCUCACAGUCUUAAUCAGACCGUGAUGACAGAUGCAUUUUCCACAUGUGCUGAUUAAAGACUUUGACACCUUUAAAAUAAUCAGCUCUCCUCCCUCUCUCCUCCCUCUCCUGUUUACUGUAGUCAUCAGGGUUGUCCCCGACCUCUGUCUAACCUUCAUUACCUUGUUUGUUAUCUCUUGUCUAAACCACGGUCUAUCCCCCUUCACUGUUCUACCUCCCCCUCAAUCUCUCCUGCUUAAUUUCUAACACCACUCACUUUCCCUCUCUCCUCUCUCCCUCAGAAAUUCACCUACCAGCCCCAUCCUACCCUCCCCAACGUCACCAUCCUGGUCCCUCCCACUGGCAGUGCUUUCCAAGACCCCUUCUUCCAGGUGGAGACCAUAUGUAUCUGCUGGUUCUCCUUUGAGCUCAUUAUGCGCUUAGCCAGCUCCCCCAGUAAGCUCCACUUCUUCAAGGACGUGAUGAACACUAUCGACUUCCUCGCCAUCAUCCCCUACUUCGUCACUCUGGGCACAGAGCUGGCCAGGGACAAAACCUCCAACAAGGACCCGGGCAUGUCUUUGGCCAUCAUCAGGGUCAUUAGGCUAGUCAGGGUGUUCAGGAUCUUCAAGCUGUCGCGUCACUCCAAGGGCCUGCAGAUCCUGGGCCAGACUCUGAAGGCCAGCCUGAGAGAGCUGGCCCUGCUCAUCUUCUUCCUCUUCAUCGGAGUCAUCCUCUUCUCCAGCGCCGUCUACUUCGCUGAGGUGGACAGCCCCGACACAGUGUUCACCAGCAUCCCCGAGGCCUUCUGGUGGGCUGUGGUCUCCAUGACGACAGUGGGCUACGGGGACAUGUACCCUACGACUCUGGGGGGCAAGCUGGUGGGCUCCAUGUGUGCCAUCGCUGGCGUGCUCACCAUCUCACUGCCAGUCCCCGUCAUUGUGUCCAACUUCAGCUACUUCUACCACCGAGAGACGGAGUGUCUCGAGAAAAUCAGUGAGUACACCCACAUCAGUACCUCUCUCUGGGAGGGUGAGGACGAGGAGGGGGACGAGGGGGAGGGAGAUUACACUCCCCUGUAUGUGGGUGAUUGCAGGGGAAUCUGUAACCCCCUCAAUGGGACACUGCUGUCAGGACUGUGUGCAGGGCAGGACGGGGAGGAGAAUAAAGGCAACGUGUACCUCAGGGAACCCCUGGUCACUCAGGUGUGA